CACGACACAUUUGCUGCCGACAAGAUGAGCGUUACAUCGGUACUGUCACUGUUUGUUGUGGGGCUGGCUGCUGUGUCAGCUGCCCCCAGCACGAGGAUCAUUGGUGGGUCUCCGGCCGCCAUCGGCACGUUCCCGGAGAUGGCCUCCUUGCUGUACUCCGACAGCAACUCUGGCCAUAGACAUCGCUGCGGAGGCACCAUCCUCAGACGACGAGUGAUCCUCACUGCUGCAUACUGUACUCUUGGAUCUGGCAUAAACAGAUGGCGAACCCGUGUGGGGUCAGCUCUCGCCAACAGUGGCGGCACCGUGGUCAACACCCAGCAGAUCAUCGUCCACCCGCAGUACAACCCGUUCACCAGGGACAACGACAUCUCUCUCAUCCGCACCUCGGCUAAUCUUCCCAGCAACAACAACGUCAUGGAUGCAAGCAUCAGUGGACCCAACUACGUCCUUCCUGACAACUCGCCGGUCAUCGCUGUGGGAUGGGGCCGUAUUUCUCAAACUGGACAAGUUACCGAGCAGCUGCAGCAGGUGCAGAUGUGGACUGUCAACCUGAACGUCUGCAGACAGCGGUAUGCUAUGGCCAACUUGGCCAUCACCGACAACAUGCUGUGUGCCGGCUGGUUAGACGUCGGCGGUCGCGAUCAGUGCUAUGGCGACGAGGGUGGUCCAGUCUUCCACGGCCGCGUGGUCGUCGGCAUCACCUCCUGGAGGCUUGGCUGUGGAGCCCCUCAGUUCCCUGGAGUCAACACUCGCGUAUCCAACUACACCGCUUGGAUCACUAGCAAUGCCUAGGGUUUUGUGAUAUAAUAAGAUUUAGCCAUGACAAUAAAAUAAUAAAUGAUAACGAACGAA